AUGGAGGCUUUGUGGUGUGGCGUUCGUGGGCUGCGUGCUUCCAAGGGGCUGGUGGUGUACUUCCUCUUUUUCCUUCUUGCUUUGACAUCCUUCAGAUUUGAGUUGAGAUUGGAAAGAGAGUUCUUUCUGGGUAAGAUUGGGAAGUAUGGUACUGGAGCUUUUGUGCUAAAGGAAAAGCUCAAGAGGAUCAAGGCCUGCCUAAGAACAUGGAAUAGUGAAGUUUUUGGUGACAUACAGAGAAACAGCAAGGAGAUUCUGAGAAAGAUUCAGAGCCUUGAUGAAAAACUUGAGGAAGUUGGGCUAAGCAUGGAGGAACAAAAUCAGCGUCGGACUUGGCAAGCAGAGUAUUGGCGUUUGGCAAAAUCAAAUGAGUCUCUUUUGCAGCAAAAAUCACGAUGCAACUGGAUUAGGGAAGGUGAUUCAAAUACUAAGUUCUUCCAUUCGUUUAUGAAUUGGAGAAGAAAUGCAAACUCAGUUUUGGGCAUGGAAAUUGAUGGUGUCUGGAUUAACGACCCUGUACUAGUCAAGAACGGUGCUAAGGAUUUUUUUGAGGGGAAAUUCAGUCGCGGGGAUCGACUAUCGCUGAGUCUUGAUGGUGUUCCAUUUAGACAGAUUUCAGCUGCUGAUAAUACAUCUCUGAUUGCAGAAUUUGACCCUAUGGAAGUAAGGGAAGCUGUAUGGCAGUGUGGAAGUGACAAAAGCCCUGGCCCCGACGGAAUGAACUUCUGA